UUUCCGGAGGGAAACUGUUGAUGUUCAUUAGAUGGCCGCUCGGCUGGGCGCGAUAUAGCGACGUCUGCUAGUCUGAGGACUACUCAACUGGUAUCGCUGUGUGGUGCGGGAAGGCGAUGACAACAACGAUAGCUAUAGGUGGGUGGGAGUGGUAGUCGUGGCGGUGAUAGCAGAUAGUAGUGGUGCAGUGGUAAUGAUGAAAUGCGGGGACAGAAUGGGGAGGAGUGGAAGCUUUAAAGAGAAAACACGUUGGAUGUGAGAUGAAAGGCAGUGAUGUAGAGUGGAUCUUCCGGUCGAGGAUGGGUUGAAUUGGUUGAUGGAUAGUUAGUCACCGAAGUUGAAGAGUUUUCCCUUGAUGGAUGUGUUUACUAAUAGAAUGCAAGAGACGAGCAACGGUGCAGCUGUGGUGGUGGUGAGUGCGUCAGUGGUUAGAUGUGGAGAUGUGGACAUGCUGUGGUCCAUUGGUGAUCGAGGUCCACCCUCUAUAGUCCACACUUUGGCUGAGGCUGGUUCCAGUUUGGCUCCAGUUUGGCUCCAGUCUGGCUGUGACUCCAACCCAUCUGGCGGCAAUCUGGGCGGUUGCCCGCUGCAAAGCGGUCGGGUUCUAUGUCAUGUGUUAGGCUGGGUUUUCGGCGGUGAAUUUGGCUCCGUUUAUUGGCUGGAGCGGCACAGGGCCGCACGACUGCAGGGGGGUGACAGGGGCAGUGCAGGGCCCUUCGAUGGGCAAUGGUCCUUUGGGUCUGGGCCCUCUUGGGUCUCGGAACUCGGGGAAGGUGCAAAACUGCAGAGUGGACCCAACAAACAUCAAAGGUUUCCGUCGGAUUUUUCACACUCACUCGCUCAACUAGGAAAGUCGGGGCGAGUUAAUGACGAAAGGUUAAAGAAUGAAUUACUAUUGUUGACUGCCUCCCGCGCACUCCCUUCUUUCCCUUGUAGAUUUCCAGUCUUUCACUGUCUUUGAGACUCUGUUUGACCCAUUGACGCGAUAUGACCUUGGCGCCAAGCCAGUCCAGGGGCGACUGCGUACUUGGUGAUCAUCACUGCCUGAUGAAGUGAUGAUGAA